AGUAACUCAAACCGCAGCACGCCUGCCUGCUCCCCGAUCCUGCGCAAACGCUCCCGGUCCCCGACACCGCAGGACUCCCAGGGAGAAACCAUGGUGGAAAAAGGCUCAGACCACUCGUCAGACAAAUCCCCUUCCACGCCGGAGCAGGGUGUACAGCGUAGCUGUUCCUCUCAGUUAGGCCGCAGUGGGGCCAAGAACUCCAAGUCACACAAGCGCCUCUCCAAAAAAAGCCAGAGUUGGUAUAAUGUGUUGAGUCCAACUUACAAGCAACGGAAUGAAGAUUUCAGGAAACUCUUCAAACAGCUUCCUGACACGGAGCGCCUCAUCGUAGAUUACUCAUGUGCGCUACAAAGAGACAUUCUCCUGCAGGGCCGCCUCUACCUCUCUGAAAACUGGAUCUGCUUUUACAGCAACAUCUUCCGCUGGGAGACACUGCUGACAGUUCGCUUGAAGGAUAUCUGCUCGAUGACCAAGGAAAAAACAGCACGGCUCAUUCCUAAUGCCAUCCAAGUUUGCACUGACACUGAAAAGCACUUUUUUACUUCCUUUGGGGCUCGAGACAGGACGUACAUGAUGAUGUUCAGACUCUGGCAGAAUGCUCUACUUGACAAGCCUCUCUGUCCAAAGGAGCUCUGGCACUUUGUCCACCAGUGUUAUGGGAACGAGCUGGGUCUGACCAGUGAUGAUGAAGACUAUGUGCCUCCUGACGAUGACUUCAACACAAUGGGCUACUGUGAAGAAAUCCCCGUGGAAGAAAAUGAAGUCAACGACAGCUCCUCAAAAAGCAACAUGGAGGCCAAGCCAGACGCUAGCCCUCAGCUGCCAAAGAAAUCUGUCACUGCCGGCACGUUGACACCUACGGGAAGCAGUGAAGCGCCAGCCUUGUUUGAUGGAGUUCUACCCGAAGAGGAGGAGGCAGUGGCAGAGAGUCCUGUGGAAAAGGACCUUGGCAUUGCAAAUAUCAUGGGAGAGAAGACAGAGAUCAUUGGCCCUGUGAACUCCCCUUCCCUAGACUUCAAUGACAAUGAAGACAUUCCCACUGAGCUCAGUGACUCGUCAGAGACCCACGAUGAAGGGGAAGUCCAAGCCUUUUACGAGGAUCUGAAUGGCCGUCAGUACGUGAAUGAAGUGUUCAACUUCAGCGUGGAUAAGCUGUACGACUUGCUGUUCACCGACUCCCAGUUCCAGAGGGACUUCAUGGAACAGCGCCGGUUCUCUGAUAUUAUUUUUCAUCCGUGGAAGAAGGAAGAAAAUGGCAAUCAGACCAGAGUGAUCUUGUAUACCAUUUCCCUCACCAACCCCCUGGCCCCCAAAACUGCCACUGUCACUGAGACGCAGACAAUGUACAAAGCCAGCCAAGAAAGCGAGUGCUAUGUCAUAGAUGCAGAGGUGCUAACUCACGACGUCCCCUACCAUGAUUAUUUCUACACCAUUAACCGCUACACGUUGACUCGUGUUGCCAGAAACAAAAGCCGACUCAGGGUUUCCACAGAGUUACGUUACAGGAAACAGCCUUGGGGGCUGGUGAAAUCCUUCAUUGAGAAGAAUUCUUGGAGUGGCCUAGAGGAUUAUUUCCGCCAUUUGGAGAGUGAACUGACCAAAACUGAGAGCACGUACCUGGCUGAGGUCCACAGACAAUCCCCCAAAGAGAAAGUGAGCAAGCAAUCGACCACGCGCCGGAGGAAACGGGCCCAUGCCCAUCUGCGGGUGCCACACUUGGAGGAGGUGCUGAGUCCCGUCACCACCCCCACGGACGAGGAGGUUGCCCAUCGAAUCAAGCACGUGGCAGGUUCCACACAGACACGGCACGUCCCUGAGGAGAGCCCCAGCGGCUUCCACCUGCAGAGCGUCUCCAAGCUCCUCCUUGUCAUCAGUUUUGUGAUCUGUUUCAGCCUGGUGCUGCUGGUCAUUCUCAACAUGAUGCUGUUCUACAAACUCUGGAUGUUGGAACAUACUACACAGACGCUCACGGUGUGGCAGGGCUUGCGGCUACAGGAAAGGUUACCCCAGUCUCAGACAGAAUGGGCUCAGUUACUAGAAUCGCAGCAGAAGUAUCAUGACUCAGAGCUACAAAAAUGGCGUGAGAUCAUCAAAUCCUCGGUGAUGCUUCUAGAUCAGAUGAAGGAUUCACUGAUAAAUCUUCAGAAUGGCAUCGGGUCCCGGGACGUCGGGUCAGAUCCAGAGGAGAAACGGAAACGUUUCCACUGA